UGUCAGCUGAUGACUGAAAUACUCCACACAAUUUCUGUCCUCAAUACAUGGAUUUCGUCACACGAAUGAUUUUCUAGCCAAUUACGCACAAUGUGGAAAAUCUCAUGCAGGGGGAAGACUCGCAACUUCAUGGGAUUUCACUCAGGAAUGUGUCCUCUGCGCGCACUUGGAGACAUGCAGAGGCAACACAUUCUAGCCUGGUUCCACUCUGUUUUAUGAUACCGAGCCGCGGUGGACCUGCGAUUUAUUCCUGUGAUGGGGAGAAUCCCAUGGAGCUGCGGCGCCGUGAUCCUGCUGGCCAUCAUUAGCUCAUGUCGUGCUGUCACUCUGGAGUCCAUCCACUGGAGCAGUUCCAAUGCAAAAUUUAGUCCAGGUCUGGGUCUGGUCCUGUAUCCUCAGAUCGGGGACAAGAUGGACAUUGUGUGUCCCCGGGCAGAUGCUUCCUCGGGGGAAAAGGAGGAGUUUUACCGAGUGUACCUGGUCUCCAGGAGUCAGAUGGAGAGCUGCACCAUCGAUAAGACAGACACGCCCCUGCUGAACUGUGACAAGCCUCACCAGGAUGUGAAGUUCACGUUCAAGUUCCAGGAGUUCAGCCCCAACCUGUGGGGUCUGGAGUUCCUCAAGGGGAGGGACUAUUAUAUCACCUCCACCUCUGCAGGCUCUCUGCAGGGUCUGGAUAAUACUAAUGGAGGGGUGUGUAGAACCAAAGCUAUGAAGCUGGUGCUGAGAGUCGGCCAAAGCUCUUCAGAUCCACCUUCAACCCUCCAGGAGUCCCCCACCAGAUUCCCACCAAAGUCCAAGUCCAAAGACCUCCCUGCAAAAGAACAGGAUAUAAAAAACAAAACCGACUCAGGCUCAGAAACAGGACAAACAAACCCCAGUGGCAGCGGUGGCUCUAAGCCAGGAUUGUUAAUGUGGGUUGUCUGUGGCGGUGUGAUCCUCCUUCUGGUCAUCAUAAUUCUGCUGGUCGUACUGUGGAGGCACCGUCCCCGUCGCUGUGUCCCAGACAGUCAGCAGUCGGCCUCCGUUUCCCUCAACACUUUGGCCGUGGCAAAGCGGGACAGCAUCGGCAGCGACAACGGCUCGGACCGCAGUGAUAUUGUCUUUCCUCUGCGAGCUUCUGACAGCAUGGUCUGCCGUCAUUAUGAGCGUGUGAGCAGCGACUACGGGCCCCCUGUGUACAUAGUUCAGGAGAUAUCGCCCCAGAGUCCCACCAACAUCUACUACAAAGUCUAAUGUUUGCUGCUCUAAUGCCUGUCUUUGGCUGAUAAUCCUAAACUAACACUUCCAUUUCUUUAGUUUGCAGUGGGUGUGAAGAAAGGUCACAUAAGUGAUCAUACAUAGCCUGAGAGCUGUUGCACUGACAAAUGCUGUUGAACCAUUUUGUUGUCUUAAUACUGUGAGAGGAACUUUAUAUGUCAUAAUUGUGUUCAGUUUUUUUCUGGAAGUGGGCAGCAAAUACCAGUGGUGGGAUGUAACUAAGCACAUUUACUCAAGUAGCCUACUACUUAAGUACAAGUUUGAGGUUCUUUACUUAGUAUUACCAUUUCAUGACAUUUUACUUCCACUCCACUAUAUUGUGCUAUUUACUCCACCACAUUGAUAUGGCAGCCAUACUUUGCAGAUUAAGAUUUUGCACACAAAACAAGUUUAUAAAAGAUGUUGCAACAAUAUGCAACAGUAAGUACUUAAAAUAAGCUCCACCUCAACCAACUACAAUUAGAAUAAAUAUAGAAUAGAAUAAAUAGCCUAACACUCAAAGGAGUACUUUUACUUUACAUACAGUACAUUUUGCUAAUAAUACUCACAUACAAAACAUAUGAAGAGCUUUUAAAAUAUGAUUCAUUGCAAGAAAUGAAUCUACCGAACAGUAUAGAAAAAUUGACGAUAAGUCAAUUAUUUGGUUGGUUUAAGUCAGUUAAAAUUAUUCUGACUGUUUGUUGAAGACAUUUUUCAUGAAAAAACUGUUGAACAUUACGUGGUUUCAGCUUCUCCGAUGUGAUGACUUUCUGCUUUUCUUUGUCUUAAAUGACAGUAAACUGAAUCUUGAGGAUGGAUGGACAAAAUAAGACACUUGAAGACAUCACUCAGAACUCUGGGAAAUUGUGAUGCAUUCCUCACUAUUUUCAUGUGUUUUACAAACAAUUAAAGGAUUGAGCAAGAAAAUAAUCAGCAGAUCUUAGAUUAGUUGCAGCCCUAAAGGAUAGUUCAAAAGUAGCUCCAACUCAAGUGUGUAUUAAUGCAACUUUUCUCUGCAUUGAGUUCUUUUACUUUUGAUACUUCAAGUACAUUUUACUGAUAAUACUUACAAACUUUUU